AACAAGAUCUAAAAUGGCCAUGCACAUUGAAUUCUUCUUCCUGAAGCCAUAUUGUGAACUGGUUAUGAUAUGAAACUUGUCGAGAUAUUCACUUAGUCUAUUAUGCACAACUCUUUCUACUACCUUAGAGAGCGUUCGUAGAACGGCAAUUGGGCGAUAAUUAUUCAUGUUAUUUUUAUCUCAGGAUUUGUAAACUGGAGUGAUUCUGGCAAUUUUGGUCUGUUUUGGCACUACGCCAUGAAGUAGGGAUAAAUUAAGGGGCCGAAGUGGGUGUGGGUUUGCGUUGCAACCCAUAUAGAGGACACCUUUACACCAAUCUGGUGUUUUACAAUUGCAAUCAGUUGAGUGCAAUCAGGUGCUUCUUGUUUACCUCGACCCCUCAUUGGUUAAACUGCCUGUGCUGAAUCAGUUGUCACAAAGACCAGGACCCACUGCGGCUUUGAGGACCGGUUUGUCCAUCCCUGAUCUACAACAACAAAAAGAGAAUGCAUCAAAAUACAAACAGAGUGAUGCCAGUGCCUGAGGUGUUGUCUGAAACUGCCAGUGCUGCAAGCAUGUUGAGUCCUGUCCUCAAUGCCUCCAACGGAGAUGGACCAGAGUCGGAAACUACUUCCGCCAUUCUGGCCUCUGUCAAGGAGCAGGAGUUGCAGUUUGAACGUCUGACCAGAGAGCUGGAAGCAGAACGGCAGAUUGUUGCAAGUCAGCUGGAGAGAUGCAAGCUUGGCUCUGAAGCUGGAAGCAUGACGAGCAUCAGUUCAGCAGAGGAGAAAUUUCGCUGGAACAACCAAGAUGGACAGAAGGACAUUGAGGAGGAGUUGACAACAGGUCUAGAGUUAGUGGACUCGUGUAUCAGAUCACUUCAAGAAUCAGGCAUCUUGGAUUCACAGGAUACCGCCACUGGAGAUCGGCAAGGACUUCUGUCUCAUAGCGCUCUGCAACUCAACAACCAGGAUGCCUAUGCAGCUGCCGGUUACCAUAGCAAUCAAGCAAUGGCACUCGGCGAAGUGGUUACGGGUCGCAGUGGACAUCUUGGCGGGGCUGUUCACAGCUACAACCAGGUGACAUCCAGCCGGGCGGCUGCCCAAUUAAUGGGGACAGACUCCCCCUCCCAGUCCCACAGAGAUUCAUUUGCUCAACAGGCCAUUGGUAGCGCCUUCCACAUGCCCAGUGAGGGUGGACCUGCACCUACUGGGUCAUCCAUGUACUACUCCUGUGCAACCUUGCCUGCACAGCGUGUGAGCUCCCCUCUGCAGGUGGUGGGAUCACCUACCAAGUUGCAGCGCCUAGGUUCAGCAUCCUCCGACAUGCCCAGCUAUGCCACAUUACAGCGGGUAUCUUCGCCCAAACAAUCCCCAAGUCGUCUUGCCAAGUCCUACAGCACCUCAUCACCCAUCAACAUGGUGCCACCGGGUGCUGGUGGUCCCUCCUCUCCACUAUCCAUGGCAGCCCCAGGAGGAAACCACACAUCAUCGCCCAUCCAUCAAAUGAGCUCAGUAGUGGGCAGCUACGCCACCUUGUCCCCCACCAAACGCAUGCUGCAUCAUAUUGGAGGAGAAACCUACAAGAUUUCUCAUGAGCUGUACGCCAACGCAACCCUGAAAAGGCCUGGUAGCCUGGCAGGUAGAGGCUCCAGAGGUUCAUAUAGCAGCCAGCACAGUCACCUGGGCUCCGAGUUGCGACCACUGCAGUCUCCUGAGCAUCACAUCGAUCCCAUCUAUGAAGACAGAGUUUACACCAAACCCAACCUUAGAGGACAAGUGGUGAACCAGCUGUACCAAGAGGUCCUCAACUAUCUGCUCUGUCCCUACACUUUAGCCCCACCUUCCCCUGGUGUCGACCCAAUCCCCUUGCAGCGAACGGGAAGCCAGAGUGCUGCCUCCACGUUCCAAAGAGGCAGCUUCGCUACAGGAGGCGGACCUGACUACAGCAACCCAUACCGCACGUUGCAGUUCUGUCCAUCCACCGAGUCGCCUUACAGCAAGUCUGGCCCAGCCCUCCCUCCCGAAGCAGCACUUGGUCGAUCUCCAUCGGUGGACAGCAUCCAGAAAGACCCAAGGUACGACCCCGAAUUCCUUGUGUGGAAUCAAAAUCAAGCCGAGCAAAGAAUGACAAAGGAGUUUGGUUGGAGAGAUCCAGAGCUGCCUGAGGUCAUCCAAAUGUUACAGCAUCAGUUCCCAUCAGUCCAGUCGAACGCUGCCGCUUACCUCCAACACCUCUGCUUUGGAGACAACAAGAUCAAGUGUGAGAUCAGGAGACAGGGUGGUAUUCAGCUUCUGGUGGACUUGCUGGACCACCGCAUGACUGAUGUGCACCGCAGCGCCUGUGGAGCUUUGCGGAACCUUGUGUACGGAAAGGCCAAUGAUGACAACAAGAUUGCACUGAAAAACUGUGGAGGAAUACCAGCUCUAGUCCGACUUCUCCGGAAAACCACAGAUGUAGAGAUCCGAGAACUCCUCACAGGUGUCUUAUGGAACCUCUCGUCAUGUGACGCUUUGAAGAUGCCCAUCAUCCAGGAUGCCCUGGCUGUUCUGACCAAUGCCGUGAUCAUCCCUCACUCGGGCUGGGACACCUCCCCUCAUACGCAAGAAGACCGAAAACUACAUCUCCACUCUUCCCAGGUCCUCCGCAAUGCCACCGGCUGCCUCCGGUCAGUCUCUCAACACAAUGUGAGUUCUGCAGGUGAGGAGGCCCGCAGGAGGAUGAGAGAGUGUGAGGGUCUGACGGAUGCUUUGCUGUAUGUCAUCCAGACUGCAUUGGGGAGCAGUGAGAUUGACAGCAAGACUGUAGAGAACUGUGUGUGCAUCCUGAGGAACCUUUCAUACCGUCUGGCUGCAGAGACAUCUCACAACCAACAAGGGGGAUCCGAGGAGCUUGACGGUCUGUUAUGUGACACUGGUGGCAAGGAUGCCGAGAGUUCGGGAUGCUGGGGAAAGAAGAAGAAGAAAAAGAAGGGACAUGACCAGUGGGACGGUGUGGGCCCAUUUCCAGACUUGGCAGAGCCCCCGAAAGGCAUUCAAAUGUUAUGGCAUCCCAGUAUUGUGAAGCCUUACCUUACCUUGCUGUCUGAAUGCUCCAACCCAGACACCCUUGAGGGAGCAGCUGGUGCUCUGCAAAACCUUGCUGCCGGAAGCUGGAAGUGGUCAGUCUAUAUCCGGGCUGCAGUGCGUAAGGAGAAGGGCCUUCCUAUCCUUGUGGAGUUAUUGAGGAUAGACAAUGAUAGAGUGGUUUGUGCCAUUGCCACCGCCUUGAGGAACAUGGCUCUAGACAUUAGAAACAAAGAGCUCAUUGGUAAAUAUGCUAUGAGGGACCUGGUACAUCGAUUGCCUGGUGGUACCAACAACAACAACAGCAGUAGUGGUGGAGGAAGUGGAAGUGGUGGUGCUAACAGUUGUGGUCUGAUGGGGAAGACCAUGUCAGACGACACUAUCACAGCUAUCUGCUGUGCUUUGCAUGAGGUCAUAACCAAAAACAUGGAGAACACCAAAGCCCUCAGGGAUGCUGGAGGCAUAGAGAAGCUCAUUGGUGUUGCCAGAAGCAAAGGAGACAAAAUUCCCAGACAUAGUCCCAAGGUUGUGAAAGCAGCGUCUCAAGUCCUCAACAGCAUGUGGCAAUACCGAGAUCUGCGCAGCCUUUACAAAAAGGAUGGCUAUUCCCAAUACCACUUUAUCGGCUCUUCUUCCACAAUAGAAAGGGACAGGCAGCGGCCUUAUUCUUCUUCUCGUACACCAUCCAUUUCUCCUGUUCGGACCUCGCCAAACAAUCGAUCAGCAAGUGCGCCAGCUUCGCCGAGGGAUAUGAUGGCGUUGAAGGAGAGAAAGGCCGACUAUGACCUUACUGGCAAUGCCACCUACCGUGGGAACAAGGGUGAACACACAUCCCGCAAGGACGCCACAAUGGGUCAACACUCCAGCGGUUCAUCAACUCUCCACAGAGGAGCGUAUGUGUCACCAACUGAUGAUCUGAAGUAUAAUCAGAUCUCAUCCCAAGGACUGCCUUCAGAGCCCUAUCCGCCUUUCCAAAAUCCUCCCCCAAAUGACAGCAACAACUAUGAGGACCAGGCCUUCUACGAGAACCAGGUUCAUGCAGGUGGGCGGCCUCCGCAAGGUGAACUCAACAUGCACUUGCAGGGCCUGAAGUCCACAGGAAACUAUGUAGACUUCUACUCAGCCUCUCGGCCGUACAGUGAGCUCAACUACGAGACGAGCCACUAUCCAGCCUCUCCUGACUCCUGGGUCUGAGGGGAGAGGGGAGGCGAGAAGAAGGAAGAAUAGACUAAAAAAUCAAUUAGGAAAGAUACCCAAACUCCCUGUUCUUUAGUUCCUAAGUAGCAUCAUAGGUAGCAAGACAUCUAAGUGCAAGAUCAGGGACCAAGAGAGGACGCAUAUGAAGGAAAUGGAACGGACACUAAACUUUUCCAGAGACUUUAAGAGGAGGAGGAGCUCGAGGAAGCAAAGAAGGCAGCAGAAAAGAGGCCUUGCAUGUGCAUGCACACCACCAACAAAUCUGACAGACAUUUUCUUUCUGUUUAGUUUGUGACCAAACUGGUAGAUUGAAAGCUCAAGGCGUGUUGCGAUUGGAGGCCAUCGGAAUAAGAAUGUGGGUAGGGAAAAUAUGAAUAAUGAGUCACAGCAGAUCGAAAAAGUGGUAAAUAUUUAGAUUUGAAAGUGUGGGAGUAAAGAGUGAAAAUGGAAAAGCAUGAAAUGUGGUAUUUCUGAAAGCGCAUGGAAGGUGUCACAGGUACCUGGGAGAAACAAUUUGUACAUAUGUGAUAUAGUUACAUGGCUUUUAGCAAUGUGUGAAGCACAAGAAGCAGAACUGUAGGACAUGUAGGACAUCGGAUACACAAACUUUGUUUCUCUCUGUGGCUUCAGCGUGACGUAUCCUCCUCCGGGCAAAGACUGCUUUUGGACGUUGUCAUUUGUAACAGUCUCUUUUUUUUUCUUUUUGUGUUUCUACUUUCUAAAUUCUUGGUUGUAUAGUAUUUGGUGUAUACUGUACAUUUACUGGCGAUUCAUUGUGUAUUUGUACAUUGCAGUAUUAACUGCGUCAGGCCUGCACCACAUUGGCCAAACUCACCUCUUCACUAUCUUGUUACUAUACACGCACAAACACGAGACACGUCAUCAGCUUAGCUCUACAACACACAGUAAAAAUGCCUAUAAAAGCAUACAUUACAUUGGGUCACAGUGCUCCAUUGACUGCCUUAUACAAAAACGGUACAGUAGGAUAUAGUCAACAUUCAUGCUGUGGUUUGUUUUUAAUGUAAAUAAAGCACUACUGGAAAAUACAGUAUUGCCAACCCUCCAAUUAUAGCCUGGCCAAAUUUUGAAUUAAAGUGUAAAUACAGUAAGAUGUUAUGUAAGCAAUAUGGAUUUUUUUUUUCAAUGUAUUUGUUACUUUUUUUUUUUAAUGGCUAAUUACAUUGGCGACAAAGAUCCCUCACACUAUUUUUUAUAAUUGUGUGUCAUUUCAUUGUCGAAGAGUUAACACGUUCAGCGUUCCCACAUUCCAAGGGCGUAGGUUUGAUCUAAAUAUUGGUAGUGAUGAUAACCCUAAUCUUAACAAAAAUACAAAUGGAGCCUUCCUUCAAGUAAAACACUGCUGCUUUUGUCCACAAGCACAAGCACAGCCAAACUCAUCAAAAAAUGAAAGCUCCUUUGGGCUGCUUCAAGACCAUAUAAACAAAAUAAAAAUGAAAACCGGGGAGAAGGGAGUAAAGGUUGGCUCACUACAUUUCUUCCAGUUUAAUUAACAUUAACACAAGAAAACAUACAGGAUGAUUUUUCUCAAAGCAGCUUGCUCCUAGAGGUCGAGAAAUAUAGAUUAAUGUUAUGCUAACUCGGAUGCAGGUCGGACUUACAGGAGCAAAAUUAGUGGUGCGUUCCCCACCUCCACAACAUUAACGUCUUUUUACGAGUUAAUUACAGCUUUAAAAAAUUGUAAUUAAUCGCAAUUCAAACCAUCUAUAAAAUAUGCCAUAUUUUUCGGUAAAUUAUUGUUGCAAUGGAAAGAUAAAACACAAGACGGAUAUAUACAUUCAACAUACGGUACAGAAAUACUGUAUUUGUUUAUUAUAACAAUAAAUCAACAAGAUGGCAUUAACACUAUUAACAUUCUGUUAAAGCGAUCCAUGGAUAGAAAGACUUGUAGUUCUAAAAGAUAAAUGUUUGUACAAGUUAUAGAAAUUUUAUAUUAAAACCCCUCUUAAUGUUUUCGUUUUAAUAAAAUUUGUAAAACUUUCAAUUAAAAAAAUUAACUAGUAGCUCUCCAUUGUUGAUGUCAAUAAUUACACAAUGCUCAUGUGGUGCUGAAACCCAUAAAAUCAGUCGCACCCAAGCGCCAGCAGAGGGCGACAAAACACCAAAAAAACACAACAAGUGGACAUUACACUGUGCUGUCAUUGUAAUCUGUUUGAGCGGGGCAUGUGCGUUAAAUGCGUCAAAUAUUUUAAUGUGAUUAAUUUAAAAAAUUAAUUACCACCCUUUAACGCGAUAAUUUUAACAGCCCUACUUUUUACAUUACUUACACUGGCGGAAAACACUUAUAAUAUCCGUCGUCUUCAAAGGGGGCGGAGGAGGCGGCAUGUUGUAUUUCUGUCAGGGCUGUGGAUGCAUGUGUGUUUGGGGGGGGGGGGGGGAGAGACAGGUCAUCAGCCAAUCAAACGUGUUUGAGGGGAAAAUAUUCAGCAAAUGAAAAGGGGUCAAUGUAAAUAUAAAUAUAAUGAAUGUACUGUAAUUCACUUAAUAAUGUCGGGGUCAAUUCUAUCCUUGCAACAUAUGGGAAGACAAUCUAAAUUACCGAUAUACUGUACCUGAAGCAUUGUAUAAUGCAAAUAAGGUUGCUUAAAAGUUGGUGGGGACAAUUUCAGCAUUCUGAAAAAAUGCUAGUGUUAUGUCCCUACCGUCCCUGUGCAAAUCUACGCCCUUGCCACAUUCCAUUCACUUUAACUCAAAUCCCUCACAAUCACAAUAUUUCAAUCGUUUUGUUACUUUCAUGUGUCAUUCCAUAGUACAAGAUUUAACACAUUCAAUUUUCCUGCAUUUCAUUCACUUAAACUCCAAAUAUGGUCAGGCUAUGAAGAAUUACGGACCUAAAUGUAUAUGAUCGAGACAGAGACAUCCUAUAUUGCUUUAUGAAAAAUUAACAGUGGUUUCUUUAUUUUAGCUGCUACGACCUCAUUUUCUCUUUACAAUAAUGACACAUCAAUACGGCUUUAAUUUAGCCACAUGCAACUCAUUGAUUUUAUCAUGAAAAAUAUAUGUGAGAAAAUAUGUCAUGUAUUCAAUUACAGGAUGGCAAAUAUUUUAUGAUAAGCCUGAAAAAGGUGUUAGUAUUAUUCGAAAGCUAGAUAUACUUUAUAAAUAUACUAUAUAUAAUUGAUUUCAAGAGGAAGAAGUCAGACUGGAAAACGUAAAAGAACCAAAAUGGCCGUGCUACAAUGUGUUAUGGAUAAGCAGAUCAAAGUAACGCAUAAUCCCAUAGAAACAUUGUUAUCCAUUCACCUACUGUAUUUUAUUUCAAUUGAUCACUCCAUAAACAUCACAGCCAGUGAGCCCUUCACUGGAGUCACAAAUGUGUACAUAAUAGUGCCAAACAAGGUUUAUGCCACUCCCUUCCCCAACUCCGGAGGGUUCGGAACCCAUUUGUCAUUUUAUCUUUGCCAGUAUGUAAAUGCUUUUUUUUCUGUAUGAUUGAAUUUUUUUUUUUUUUUUUUUUCUAAAUUGUGUUCUACUGACAUGAAAGUUGUGUAACUGCACCGGGACCAGAGAGAAGUACAAAAAAGAAAAACAUUUUUAAAAAACAAAAAAAAAAUCAAACGAAACAAUUGCAUUAAAACAAAGAUAAGACAACUGUACAUUUUUUCCCUGUGAUUUAAAAUAAUCAAUGUUUGAAGUCUGAUAAAACUUUUUUGAGAAAUGAGCAAUUACUUCAUAGUAGACUAUUAAUAGAGUACUGUUAAUAGAGUAUGAAUAUAUAUUAUAUAAAUAUACUUUUUAAUGUGCAGACGUGAAUGUCACAGCGGCAACGUUAUGGAAAAAGACUUCAUCGUAGGAUGUUCACAUUUUACUUUUCUGGUCAACACACUGAAUUGUCGACUAUUGUGUGCUAAUGUUGCCAUGUGGAGUAGUUUAGAUCAAGGCUUGCGGAUCCAUGUUGUCACUCAAAACAUGAUUCCAGAAAACUGUAUUAUCAGAUGAGUGCUCCGAUAAAUCAAAUAAUGACAAAUCUGAAUUUGUUCCCUCCCUCAAAACACAAUUGGAUUGAUUAGUAGCAUUAGCCUAAAAUGAGUGCACAGAUAUGUUGUUACAAAUUUAGCUGAAACAAAAAAAAGUUUUAAUUUUUUUUUUUUUUUUUUUUUAAUCGACAAAAUUGUACAACCUGAUAAAAGUUUUGUUUCCCCCUGUUAUGUUUUUGCAAGGCCCUUGGAAAAGACUGGAUUUUCUGGCAGACUCUUGACGUUGUAUUAUGUCAUUGUGAUCCCGUGGCAGUAAAAUCAGCAGUAAGGACUUUGUAGAGGUAUGACAUAGGUGAUGUCCAAAUCAAUCAUGUUUUAAAAACAAACUUGUGAAUCUUUAUAUGCCUCAAAUUGAUUGCAACUGCUCCAAAAUAUAAACGGUCCACUGAAAAGGAAACUGGGAGUUGUUGUUUUGUGCCAAAUCUGAUUUCACUGUUGCAUUUUUGUUCUGUUUUGUGUGUUGCUUUGCUUUGCUUUUUCAGCUGCUGAGACAUGGAGAACAUAGACAAAGGAAUGGGAGUUUGGUGCACUACCAUUGUUGUUGUUCAUGUUAUAAUAAUAAUACAUUUAAUUUAUAGAGCUCUUUUACCAAUGCUCAAAGACGCUUUACUGUUGAAACAACGAAAAGGCUCACACAACGUGAGCAGUACAAAACAAUAGAGAAAAGAAUUAUAUAUGAACUCAUUUGCUCCCAAAAACGUAUAAAUAUGUUCUAUUCUUAAUUGCUUCAGUGUCCCAAAAACGUAUUUAUACGUCUUUUGCGUUUUUUUUUUUUUUAUUGUUUUUUUUAACAAUAGGCAUCGAGAGGUUCCCAUGUAUCUAAGAUACAAUGCACAAAGCUCAAAACCCAUUUUAAAGCAAUAAAACUGGCCACUGGAGGGCAGUAGCACAUUUGGUAAGACCCCCAACCCGAUUCAACCAGUGCAGCGUUGAGUCCUUGCUGCUCGCCGAGCAGAGUCCGCGCCGCUGUGCUCGCCACUAGCGUCCCCCGCACCCUCCAGUGUCCCGCACGGAAACGCGCACUGCCAAACCAGUUCCCCCCCAGGGACACAAGUUCCCCAGGCGAACGAGGCAGUGGUCACCACAAAAGAAAGACUAAAAAAAAAAUCCAUCUUUACGAGACAGGCGGUGACCAGGGAAAAGUUUAACCCCCUGUCGCGGCCACCACGGCGUCAUCUCUCAGUUAGUUAUGUGUAAACAAAUUGUUACUUUGCUAUCAGAAGCUCUAUUUGGUCUAGUGGUUUGUGUUAUUUUGUAAAAGGAAAACAUCAUUCAGAUGUUUGGGAUGUAACUAAAGCAAAAAAUAGCUGUGUUAAAGUGAAAGUUAUGUUUGAAAUGUAUGCGUUUACAAAAAGCUCAUUUUCUCCGUUUUUUCAUCAGAAAUUGGAAAAUUGCUCAAACUAAGCUAUUUUCUAAUGCUGAUUUCUAAAGAAUGGAAAAAGAUAUGAACUUACUUUUUUUUCUGCUGAAAGAAGAGAGUCUAAACUUUCUUUUGGCGGGUUCCAUGUUUAUUAAGGGUCUAACGGUACAUGUAUUUGUAUUGAACCGUUUCGGUACGUGGUGCUCGGUUGGGAACGGAGGCAUACCGAACGAGUUUCUGACGUAAUAUAACCCUUACUUUUCGAGGCUGUGGGUCGAUCGGGUUAAAGUUUCUUAGUGUAGAUUAUAUUUACUCCGUCUUCUCUACUAUAAUGAGGACCAACACGGUAGGACAGAAUAACCCAGAAACGUCAACGGCGUGACAACGUGGCCGCCGCGAGAACGCAGUGAAACGCGGGCAUUAAAGUCAAUCAGCCAAUGCACACCAGUCGCAGUGCGGCCGCGUGUUAGACGCAUCCCAGAAGCGGUUCAACACGACGCACGCGAAAAGAACGGCAGAGUUUAUUAUUUGACGCGAGACGCGACCCUCCUGCGUCAAUACUACUACCGGUAGCUAGGAUCGGGCAGACUGGAAGUCACAUGUGUAAAAAUACGGUGGAUCCAGUCGAUUUUCAAACUAAUAUGCAAUCGUAACCCACUUUUUUGAGUCCAUAAGAUCUCUUGAGUGGUAGAUCGGGGCACAGUUGACUUGUCUUUGUUGAUUUUCUACUGUCUUCUCGGCUAUAAUAAUAACCAACACAGCCCUGUGUUCAAUACAAAACCCUCCUACCACAACAAAACAAGUAGGAACUCAUAUUCACAUAGGAACUAAAGUUAUACAACAUAAAAUAUACAAUAUAAAUGAAUCCUACAUCACAUUUGUAAAAUAUAAACACACCAAAUAAAUAAUAGCCCAUUAAAAUAAAAUACAUUGAAAUGAGCUAAAACACCUGUAAUUAAAUAAUAAGAAUAAUACACACAUCCUGCUUGCUCAAUUAAAUUUAUUUCUGUGUGGCGCUUUAACUUGAGAAAAUCCACCAAUAAAGCUUUUGAAAACCGUUCAUAAGGGAAAAAAAUAAUUCAUUGAGGCAUUUCAUUUGUAAAAUACAUGUUAAAAUCUUUGUCAUUGGGAUUACUUUUCUCUUUAGCACAGGACUUCUUUUUUCUUCCUUUCAGAAAGAAAGCUGACCAAUAAAUCUGAAAGGCAAAUUGUUGUUGGAUUAUCUUUAAAUACCCGCUACUUUUUGAGCAGAAUUCUAGCUUUGUAUAGGCUAAUGUUCCUAUUGUUGAAAGCACAAGGGUGUGUAAUAAACAACUAGCACAUUUAUAUUUUGCAUUUUGUUUUCUUACUGUACCAAAAAUGAACCAAACCGUGACAUCAAAACCGAGGUACGUACCGAACCGAGAUUUUUGUGUACCGUUACACCCCUAAUGUUUAUGUAACAAUAAAACAGAAUUUUCUGUGGGCCUUGCAAAAUCAGUCAAAAUCCAGUAAAACGGCCGGGAGCGAAGGGCCUUGCUCCGGUGAAAAUGGCUGGGAGUGAAUGAGUUAAAAGCCUAUUUAAAAAGGAGAGUCUUUUACAAUUUUUUGAAAGUAGGAAGAUCUGAACAGGUGCGGAUGGGUUUAGGGAGUGAGGUCCAAAGGGAAGGGGCAACAAUGGAGAAGUCUCUGUCCCCCCAAGUAUGGUGUGUUAAUUGUGGGGGAAUGCGAGAAUGUUUCCAUUACAUGAGCGGAGGUGACGGGAGGGGUUGUGGGGACAGAGAAGCUCUGUGAGGUAAGGAGCGGCCAGGUUAUUGAGUGCUUUGUAUGUGAGAAGGAUGAUUUUGAACUGUAUCCUGUGUGAGAUGGGAAGUCAGUGUAGUUUGUGGAGGACGGGGGUAAUGUGAUUCCUAUAGGGGGAACGGGUGAGGAGGCUUGCAGCAGAGUUCUGGAUAUUUUGUAGUUUAUUAAGGAGUUUGGAUGGAGAACCAAAAGAAUGCUGUUACAGUAGUCAAGUCUGGAGGUGAUGAGCGCAUGGAUGAGGGUUUCAGCAGAAGAGAAGGUGAGGGAGGGGCGAAGACGGGUUAUGUUCUUGAGGUGGAAGGAGGCAGUUCUGGUGAUGUGGUCGAUGUGCUGGUCGAAUCUUAGUUUACUGUCAAAAAUGAUACCAAGGUUGCGGGAAUGAGGCAGGGUGCAGGCUGUCUUUGAUGUGAGCUGCAGGGUCAAUGAUGAUUAUUUCCGAUUUGUUACUGUUAAAUUGAAGGUAAUUUGCUUGCACCCAGGAUUUUAUUUCACUGAGGCAGUUCUGAAGUGUGGAUUCGGUGCUGUGCGAGAUGGUUUUUGUGGAAAUGUAAAUUUGGAUGUCGUCAGUGUAGCAGUGAAACUGGAGUCCAAAUUUACGGAUGCUGACCAAGGGGGAGGAUGUAAAGAAUGAAGAGGAGGGAACCAAGAACUGAACCUUGGGGGACACCUCGUGGUAGGGGAACAUAAGGGAGGUGCAGUUGUUGAUGCUGUUGAAUUGUUGUCGGUCAGUGAGGUAGGAGCAGGACCAGGAAAGUGCAGUGCCAGUUAUAUGUAGAGAUUCUAAUCGGGAGAGCAGGACUGUAUAGUUAAUUGUAUCAAAAGCAGCAGUGAAGUCCAGGAGGAUGAGGUUGGUGAGAUAUCCAGAGUCCAAGGAGAGGAGAAUAUUGUUGGUUACUUUGAGAAGGGCUGUUUCGGUGCUGUGCAGUGAGCGGAAGCCAGAUUGAAAAUGUUGUGUUGUUUAUUCAAAGAGUGCAAUGGGACAGAAAGUGUUUUGGGGGGGACAAAGAGAAAGAAAGAACAGAUGAACAGAACCUAUCUAAAUACAAGUGGCAUUGCUUUAGAGGAUACCUAGUAACCGAAGAGAGGAAGAGGGAAUAUUAGCACUGAUAAAAAGUGUAUAUGUACGGGUUAGUGUGCAAACAAUGUUUGUAAUGUGUAGUGGGAAAUCUAUGUGUAUCAAUCAACAUCCUACAAUAUGUUCCGUGGUACCUAGUCAUGCGUUUGCCCUCUCUAACGCGUAUGUUAGUCAUACAGAGAGUGUGACUGUUGCGCGGGAGCUGACGGGCAAGCUAGACACCAGCCCUGCAACCACAGCCAUAUCCAGUGGAGU